AUGCGAUCUGCCACCAUUUUUUCGGGCUCGUCUCACCCGAAACUGGUGGAGCGAAUUUGCGCCAACUUGGCGAUUGAGCCCUCUAACGUCGACCUGGCCAAGUUCAAGAACGGCGAGACCUCCGUGACGAUUCGAGACAGUGUGCGAGAGAAGGACGUCUAUGUGGUUCAGAGCGGAUGCGGUCACGUCAACGACAAUUUCAUCGAGCUGCUGAUCAUGAUCUCAGCCUGCAAGACGGCCAGUGCCAAGAAGGUGACCGCGGUUAUGCCUCUGUUUCCUUACUCACGACAACCCGAUGUGCCCUACACCAAGGCUAUUGUGCCUCCCGGCGGCAAAACCGGCGGCAAGGACUCCGACUCGACCACCGACCUGGCCAACGCCAGCGGCAAGCCCCGUCAGAGCGGAUUCUUCAAGGACUACAAUACCGGAUACAAGCAGUGGGUUGCCCAGAGCGGUACCCUCAUUGCUUCACUGCUGACCUGCGCUGGCGCCGACCAUAUCAUCACCAUGGACCUGCACGACCCCCAGUUCCAGGGAUUUUUCGACAUCCCCGUCGACAACCUGUAUGGCAAGCCUCUUCUUCAGCACUACAUUUCCACCCAGAUUCCAAACUACCAGGACGCGGUAAUUGUGUCGCCUGACGCCGGCGGCGCUAAGCGGGCCACCGCCAUUGCCGACGGACUCUGUAUGGACUUUGCGCUGAUCCACAAGGAGAGACGCCCUACCAAAAUCUCCGGCGACCAUAUUGCCGGCAAGCAUAACGCCACCACCAUGCUGGUUGGUGAUGUGAGCGGCAGAGUGGCCAUUUUGAUCGACGAUCUCCUCGAUACUUCCAACACAAUCACCCGCGCGGCCAAGCUGCUCAAGGACCAGGGCGCCGUCAAGGUAUAUGCCCUCAUCACGCACGGCGUCUUUUCAGGCGACGCGGUGGAGAAGAUCAAGAAGAGCGAAAUCGACAAGAUUGUAACCACGAAUUCCACGCCCCAGGACCAGCAUGCCGUCGAACUAGGCGAGAAGCUGGACGUGAUUGACAUUUCCAGAGUUUUUGCCGAGGCGAUCCGACGAAUUCAUAAUGGAGAGAGUGUCAGCAUGCUGUUUGAUCACGUGAGCUAA